AUGUUUGGCCAAAUUUUGUUGAUCUUAUGUGUCGGAGCGACCAAAUGGCUGGCCUUCGGUCUGGAAGCCACGGAAUCGACAGCCGACGCUCCAGUCCUUGUCAAAGGUGUUGCCGGACAGUCAGCCGCACUGCCCUGUCAUAUAGACCAGGCUCAGUGUGGAGAGGUAUACUUCCUGACCUGGACCAAACUGGAAAGGGAUGACCGCUGGUCCAGGAUUUACAUCUUCGCCGACAACGUGGAGAAGCCUUUGCGAGACCUGUCCGGAAGGGCACGCUUUUCCCUUCACAAAAGCGAGGCUCAGCUCUCGAUUAAUCAAUUAAAGAGUGGCGACGAAGCUCUCUAUAAGUGUGACGUAACAUAUGUCGGGGGAAAGUGUCCGUCGCUUACAUUCGUAAGACUCGAGAUAAUAGCGAAGCCAUCGAAAGCUUACAUUGAGUACAAGAAUUCUCAGCUCGAAAAUGGCAUUGAGAUUAGAGGGGUAGAGGGAGACCUCCUGAGACUGGCGUGUAUAGUGAUUGGGGGUAAACCUAUGCCUACUGUCAGCUGGAGAGCGAUCGAUGAGAACGGUUUGGCCGAAACAAUUGAAAGCAGAUAUGAGUGUCACGUCCAGCACGAGGCCAUCAAAAAUAACUCAAUGGAUUCGCAUGUUAUGAUUGAUGUGACCGUUGGCGCAAAGUCUAUAGAAAUUGUGGGUCCGAGAGAUCACAUCAAAGAAGGAGAUGUAGCUCUCAUACAAUGUAUAGCAUAUGGGAGUAAACCGGAGACACAAAUAGUGUGGAAAAAUGGGAGUCAUAUUAUAGAUACAGUAGUGAAGAGUGAAGUCGAGCCCAAUAGCGACGGAUCGACACUUAAUACUCGAUCUUAUUUAGAGCUUCGAGUCUCACGUUUUGAUCACUUGAAUGCAAUUGAAUGUCAGGCCAGUAAUACGGCGAUGAAAGAGGCUAUCAAGCAAUCGAUUGAACUCAAAAUUCAAUAUCCUCCAAUAGUGGUAAUGGAGCCAAAGAACGGAUUGAUAGUGAAUGAGAGCACAGAUAUGGUUAACAUUUACUGUACAUUUUCAUCAAAUCCGCCCGAAAUCAUCGAAAACUCUACCAAAUGGUAUAAAGACAACCAAAUACUAGCGCUCAACGAUAGCCAGCAUUAUAUGAGUUCUCUCUCCGGAUACCCAAUACUUACAAUUGUAAAUCCAAUGCGAAACGAUUCCGGAGCUUAUUUUUGCUCAGUUUCUAAUGAUAUUGGGAUUGGAAAACCAGAAGAGCCCUCACGACUCAACGUAUUAUUCCCUCCGACAGUCAAUCUUCAGAUAUACCCAAAUCCUGAACAGGGAUUUACUAUCAAAGAAGGAGAUGAUGUCCGUAUGAUUUGUGAUAUCAUUGAUGGCAAUCCACUCAAUGCAUCAAAGGUUAAGUGGAUGAAGAAUGGCCACCAACUGGUCAGUGAACUCAGUGGUGAGUCGAGUUCGCACAAAGAGAUCACAUGGCUUAGUGUCACCCGAACCCUGUCCGGGAACUACACGUGUCUGGCCAUCUCAGACGCCGGUGUUAGUGAAGUGAGUAAUUCUGUGCAAAUUGACGUCAGUUAUCCUCCGAGCAAAGCCUUAAUCAGACAAUUGACUGGAAUCCAUGCCAUCAAAGGACAUAAUCUAACUCUUGAGUGCAUUGUCUCAGAUGAGGGAAAGCCGUCGACAAACACUGAGUAUCAGUGGGAGAGUGCAGACGGAGUGCCCUUUCAGACCAAACAGUCUAUUCUGUAUUUAACUGAUUUAAAGCUAACAAACAGCGGAAACAUUAGUUGUGCGGCAGUUAAUGAGGUCGGGAUCGGCCCUAAAGGCAUCUUUCAAGUGACACCUCUGGCGCCCCCCAAAAUCAUUGACUUUCUUCCGCCCACUCUCGGUAUCAACGAAAACAAAUUGAAGACAAACUCCGCUCAUCAACACCAACACGAGGAGCCCAUAAGCAUCUCGUGUCGGAUUGAGUGCUUUCCUAUUUGCCAAAUAUAUUGGUAUAAAAAUAAUCAAUUAAUUGACAACUCGUCACAACUUUACACAAUCAAGAACUCAAUACAUCCCGAAGAGCUUUCAUUGAAUCGUUUUGUUAGUGUCGUCUCGACUCUCAUAUUCAAUUUGAGUGCAUUAUCGCCGUUAGAUCGGAGUCGAGACAGUAAAGUGUUUUACUCGUGUGUUAGCAGUGAUAACAGUGUCGGGCCUUCAGUCAAAUCGGAAACACAAUUCAUCGUUGAAUACCCACCGGAGAAUCUCAGAGUUCGUCCAAAACGUGUUGAUGUGAUUGAAUACGACAUUCCGCCUGAAAUCCUAUGCGAAAGCGAUGCUCUGCCACCGGCUUCUUAUCGGUGGCACUCGUCCUCCACUCGAGACAAGUCUAUUGGAGUUAUUGCUGACACACCGUUGCUAUCACUCAAUACCACUAUUCAAAGGGACAGAGCCGGCACUUACACCUGUAUUGCAUCCAAUCGACACGGAGAAGAUCACAUCGAUCUCCUCAUUAACGUCCUUUUCGCCCCGACCUGUACUUUAUAUGAAAGUCGUACCGAUGAUCAGGAAAUUGAGUUAAUAUGUGCGGUGACGGCCGCUAAUCCUAAUAAUGAGCUUACAUUCAACUGGUUUUUUAAUAAUACAUUACUUAAUGAGACAAUAAGUGAUAGAAUGGUUAGACACGAGGGCAUGAAAUCGAAAAUUGUGAUCCCAAUCACUGGUGAGACACUGUUUGGCAGCUGGACCUGUGCUGUCACCAACUCCAUCGGACAAACUGAUCCAAACUGCACUCUUUAUGUGUCACCACCCAUAGUAGUGGCGGAUUGGGAGGCAUUGGGAGACGAUGCUGAUAUGUCUUAUGAGGAGACGCCGUCACAAACAAGUCCCUCUUUUGCUGACCUUUUCUUUCAGAAUCGACUCGAGUUUCGCAAACACGAGAAAAAUGUGUCCAAUGAAUCGGUCGGCGCCCGAAAAUUACCCGGAAAUGGAAACGACCCCAAUCUGGCGAUUGACAAUCGUGAGAUGUAUGAGAAUAUGCCGUUCCAGCGAAAGUGUAUGCAAUUAAGCGGCACUUAUAACCCUGGUACUUAUAUGCCUGAGUAUAACCAAAAUAUGGCUCAACUAACACAAGAGUUGCGCAGAACUCAAUCGGCCCGCUAUCACAACUGCCAGCCGUUUGGUGUGGAAAUGGAUGACUUGCUUUAUGCCGAUAUGUACGAUGACGUGAAGAGCGGUAAAGUGAAAGACCCGCGAAUCAAACCACCUCUUCCGCCAAAGGGAGCGCCCGUUCAGGCGAAGCCACCAAAGAGACCACCAAAGACUCAGAAAGCCCUUUAA